GUGGAAGUCAGUGGAGGGAUUGGCAGGGAGGGGUGGAGGACACUGAGUGGAAGCCAGUGGAGGGAUUGGCAGAGAGGGGUGGAGGACACUGAGUGGAGGGAGGGGUGGAGGACACUGAGUGGAAGCCAGUGGAGGGAUUGGCAGAGAGGGGUGGAGGACACUGAGUGGAGGUCAGUGGAGGGAUUGGCAGGGAGGGGUGGAGGACACUGAGUGGAAGCCAGUGGAGGGAUUGGCAGAGAGGGGUGGAGGACACUGAGUGGAGGCCAGUGGAGUGAUUGGCAAAGAGGGGUGGAAGACACUGAGUGAAGGCCA